AAUAAACGCCUUUAAAAAUGCCUGCCGGUCGUCGCAAAAAGGAAAUAAAGCUGUCAUUGAUGGAGUUCAAUGCGCAGAUGGUUCAAAAAGAGCAGAAACAGCACAAAUCUGCGCCCAACGCUUGGCGUCAAAAGUUGCAAAUUAAAGAAGGCACAACAACAACAACAGCCGCAGAAGCAGCUAAACAGCUGUUACCAAAGCGCAGCAUAUCGAAAAGUGUUGUAAAAGUGCGUUUUGAUUUGCCUGACGAAGAAGAGGAAGAAACAAUAACAAGGGACCAAGCAGCGAUGCAGGCUGAUCCAAGGAGUAAAUCACAAAUUCAAUUACUAAAACGCCCUGUGGUUAAGCCAGCAGCUAAUAAUAAUAAUAAUGAAACACAUAGCGAUAGCAUACGCGGCACUAGACGUGGACGCGGCCAUCGACGGGUUAAGCACUGCCCACGCAUACCAACGCCGCCGCGCACUGUGCCGACCGAGCUGAGACAAGUGGACAGCAUGACAUCGGCGGACUUUCGACAUGAUUUUGCAGCGCAUGUGGAUAAUAUGCGCACGCGUCAAAAGAAUCAACAGCAUAUGCAUUUUUUUCAAACGCUCAUGGAGGAGAAUCAGCAUUUGUUAAAGAAUCGCAACCUGUUGGUGCUCAACUGCGGCACAGGCACGCUGGCUUUGAUGGCUGCCAGAGCAGGCGCUGCUCAGGUCUAUGCAGUGGAUUAUUCGCUUGUGACCAACUAUGCGCAGCUGGUGGUUAAGCAAAAUAAUUAUGAGCAUAUCAUAAAGGUGCUGCAUGGACAUGUCUCACAGCUGAAGCUGCCAGAGCGCGUGGAUGGCAUUAUAUGCAAUUGGAUGGGUCAUUGCCUGCUUUAUGAAUCCGAGCUGCUGCAGUUGUUGCAAGCGCGCGAGCGUUGGCUUAAGCCUGGAGGCUUUAUAAUGCCGGAUAUGGCUGCGUUAUAUCUGUUGGGUAGUGCAGAGUAUCUGCUGAAGAACGAACGCUGCAAUUGGUGGCUAAACGUUUAUAACUUUAAUAUGCGCGCAUUGAGACGUUACGCCUUGGCUGAGCCACGCUAUGCCAAGAUUAAAGGCGAGCACUUGCUGACCAAGGCGCACAAGGUGCUAAGCUUGAACUUGAAUACAGUUAGCUUGGAGCAGCUGCAUAUAAACAAAGAUAUAAAGCUGCAGGUGCAGCACGAUGGUUUCUGUGAAUGCUUUGUGCUCUACUUUGAUGUGGCCUUUAGUCGCGCUCAUCAGCCGCUUACGCUCAGCUGCAAUCCUUGCCUGCAGACAAACUACAAAUCGCCUUGGCUGCAAACUGUGCUCUUUGUGGAGCAAUCCUUUAUGAUGCGUGCCCAGCAGGAGUACAAGGGACGCUUGGUUUUCCAAUCCUUGGCUAAGCCGGGUGAAGCUGUGGAUUUGUUGCAUAUGAAAUUCGAAAUUGAACUGCAUGAGCAUGAUAAAAAUGAUAGCAUUGGUCGAGCGUUGGUGCUCAAAUCCUGGAAUAUGAUGCCGCGCUUUCAAACGCUGCAGGAGGUGGCCGACUGCCAGGAUAGGCUGGUGGCGCAUGAGCCACAAAAUUAGCAUGUAGCUUAAGUUUAUUGCAUAGCAUUAUAUACAGUUACUUAU